AUGGAACAAAAAAGUUUGUAUCAAAGAGAGCAAGAGAUAAAUGCUUUACUGAAAGAUUUGGAAUAGAAAAGUUAUGCUCUAAGAGUUUCAAAUGAUACCAAAUCCGAGUAAUACGAAGCACUUAAGUAAGAAGCAUCUAUCCUUAGUGCCUCUAUUUCAGCUCUAUUAGACAAGAAUUUUACAAGUCAAGAGAGAUAGCAGAUCUACGCAGCAGGUCAAUACGAAAAUAUCAAGGAACAGUAUGGCGAUCUUUAUGCAAAUUAGAAACUCAAAGUGUAAAAUGUGAGAUUCCUAGUCCCAGACAAAGAACAAGACCCCACUAAGAGUCAAACUAUGACAUAUGAGAUUGAAUUCGAGUAAGUCUAGCAGACUAUAAUCCAGGAAAGAGCAGAUUAAGAGCCUGAGGAAGAUGAUGAAAGAAGGUUCUUGAAAUAUUUUGUAACUGGAGUAUGCGGAGGAAUCGGUGGACUUUUAGGUGCUGUUCUUGGAGCUGGAGUUGGGGCAACUUUUGGAGCAACUGCUGGUGCUGCUUUAGGGGCAAGAGCAGCUGAGAUCAUAGAUAAAAAAUCCUAGGAAGUUGAAAUCGUCGACGGCGUACCAGUUAAGAAUGCAACCAUAUACAAAAAGAAAGGUAUUGCAAUGAAAGAUAGAGCCAAGGAAAAGUAUACAAGAAUCUGUGGAAAAGACUGA